CAGAAAAUAUGCUAAUUUAAUGUGGUAUUGUUUAAAUCGAGCUGAUAAUGCUAAUUCGAUAUGAUUCGUGAUAAAACAAAUUCCUAAAAAAUUUUCCUUAUCUGAUACUAUGAUAAAUUCCCGAAAUUAAUCCACGACUACUGUGUAUUUACCCAACAAAACCGGAAAUGUUUAAAGUAGAAUCAUAUAUAACUCCCAUACUUCUCAGUUAUGUGAAUAAAUACAUAAAUAAUUUCAGACCGGAAGAUUCUCAGGUAUCCCUAUGGGGAGGAGACGCAACAUUCCACAAUUUGGAACUGAACCUAGAAGUAUUAGAACAAGAAUUACAACUGCCUUUUAGUUUCAUUUCAGGCAGUAUAAGGGAAUUAUCCAUACAUGUUCCUUGGACCAGGAUAGCCUCAGAACCCAUAACAAUAACAAUUAAUACAAUAGAAUGUAUUUUAAAUUUGAAGGGAAAAGAGGGUUCAAGCAAAGGUCAACCCAAAGGCCGGUUAAAAGACAAAAAAGUCACUGGACAAAGUAAAGUAUUGGAGGCCCCUCCUGGUUACAUUCAAACAUUAAUUAACAAAAUAGUCAGCAACAUUAGCAUUCACUGCAACAAUUUGAUCUUAAAAUAUGUGGAGGAAGAUAUAGUAUUAUCCAUGAAUGUAAAACUCCUGAAGGUUGAAUCUGCAAAUGAAAAAUGGGAGUCGGCAUACACAGAUAUAUCUCCCACUCAGGUAAUCUUACGAAAAGUUAUUAGCAUUAAUGACUUAACAUUGUGCCUUGACAAACGAAACGCAUCUGGAAAAAUUGAAGUAUAUCAAGAGCCAAUGCUGUACAAGUGCUCAAUGACGAUGCAUCUUUUGAGGCAUUAUCAUUCUGCAACUGCAAAAAGAGCAUCCACUACCCGGCUCGAUAUGUAUUGUAACAGUAUGGAAUUUAGUAUGACAGAACAACAAGUGCCUAUGUUGAUGAGGUUGUUAAUGUUAUUGUAUGCCCUCCAACAGAGGCAGUUAAAACAGGAACCCAGUUCUGACCAUGAUAUGGGCAGUGGGUCUAUAGAUAUUAAAGCAGAAAGCCAAGAAAAUGAGGAAACAUGGUCGGGCUGGGCUUGGUCUUAUGUUUCCUCUGUUUUGCCCGCACCAUGGGACGAGGAUGAAUGGGAUAACGAACAGCUUAAGAGUCACACAGGUCACAGCUUGCACAUUGGGUGUUACGUAGACAGAGCUUCAAUUACAUUUAAGGUAUCAGAAUCUAGUUCUGAAAAAAGCUACUAUUCACACAAAAAGCAAAGAUACUGGCCAAUGUUGAUGCUAGAGCUGCAAGGAAUGUACAGCGAGACAAUAAUCCACGGACUCAAUUGGUUCAACUGUAUGGGUGGUAUCAGCGAAGCCACUCUUGUACCCGUCGGUUACUGCAGUUGUAGUCACGUCGAGGUGAACGAGUCGACGGUACCCUACUUAAAAUUAGGUUCACCGGCAAAUUUCCACAAAACCGACUCCCUGUUUGACGCGGACGCUGUGGAAAAUAAGGGUGGCAGACGCGAGUAUAAUACGUCGUGGGAUGUACACAUGACGACCAAUACCGAGUCGGUAUUAUUGGAACGGACGCCGGCGUUCGCUUUCGAUUACGUCUAUCAGAUGGAGCUACCCAAUGACGUCGACAGCGAUAUUUUAUCGGAUUUGGGCAGCAAUUAUGAGUACAGCAAUUUGCCGGAAGCGUCGAGCCUGAGACUGUGCGUCGGACCUUUCCGGCUACGCGUCUGUUCCGGGCUGUUUCAUCGAUUGGGAACCUUAAGAAUAGCCGCUUCUUACUACGACUAUUCCCCUUAUUAUACUCCCAAGCCGGACCUGCCUUUGGAGGAAUUAGCCCCGCCUUCGGAAGAAGAUUUCGACGCGCUCAACGAGUUCAUACCGCAAAGGUCGAUUAGAGUGACGUUUUUCGCGCCCAAGCUCGAGCUGGAGCUUAUGGAUCAUCUCUAUUUCGAGUCGACGAGAGAUUGCUUGUUUAGGAGGCCAAAGAAAUUAUCCACCACGGUGAUGACGACAACCGAAUCGACCUUGCCUAAGAUCUCGGUCGAGUGUCAGUUUAUCGACGUCAGCAUGCGGUACCCGAUGUACUCGAACCGUUUGGUUCACGUGACCUGUCAAUUGCCGGAACCGCCCGAUAGGUUGUUCCGGAACUGCUACACCGUUCAAAAUUUUAAGAUCGUCGGCUUGCUCGCACGCCUAUUCGUGACGCCGAGCUGUCACAGUAUAAUUCUGGCGCCGUCCAGUAUGUCUUACGUCGUCAGGAGGAUCCUGAAGCCCCAGUACUGGACCAAAGCGGAUAUUCCGCACUCGGAGGUGACGUUCGAGUCUGAAAGUUUCACAGUCAAUGGCACCAAAGCUAAAUUGUUGGUGGUCCGUAACGUUAUCGAAAGGAUGUUGGCGAGGGAACCGGAUCCUCCCGGGAAAAGUAUUUACAGUUCUUCAUUGCUGACUGACGCCGGCAAAGAUUUCGGUUUUCCUUGUCUGGAACUGUGUAUCGAGGGGACAAGGUUCCGCCAAGUGGAUACUAGUUCCACCAAAUCGAUAGACGUGAGUUUGCAAAUGAUACAAGCCUUCAUUUCGGAGUCCAGCAAUUUGAGGCACAGUUACGCGAGUGUGGACAAAAAUGUCGACGGAAAUUUGGCCUCGACAGGUAUUCAGCAGGUGCUGUUUGUAUCUGGUCCCGAACCAAAAAUUGGUGAAGAAAGAAAGAAUGUCAUUCCUCUCUCUCCAUCGGAAAUAAGCCGAGGUACUUUUAGUAACGAAGAUUUGCCGUUGCUAACGGCCACCGUACAGUUUCCCAUCGAGCCGGAAACGCAAGAACAUCCUCCAGUAUUAAUAUUCAACAUCCAAGAAAUUAGGAUCUGCGUGGAUCCCCUGUUUUGCAAAUUUCUUCUCUACGCGCCGAAAUACUUUACGCUAAGAAAUGACAUCGUUGAUCCGGUUCUAUCCCGUCAAAAGAGUUAUAUAUCCGACGCUAGUGGCAGUUUGACAGAACCGACCAGAAAAUUUACCCCUCGGAUAGAAUCCGUACAUAGUAGUUCGGAUAAAGAGGCGUAUCAGUUGCCCAGAAAAGUCCCUACAGCAGCCGCAGAUGAUUCUCCAAAUGUAAAGUUACAGGAUCGAUUUAUGGGUACUCUGAAACGAUGGUUCGACGUUUGGAAGGGUACUUUUAUAUGCGGCAACAUGUCACAGUGCAUUAUUUAUUUUCCUUUGGUGUCGUUGUCGGCGGUUGGCUCGCGCGGUAUACAGGAAACUGUACAGCACGCGGUUUCUGGCGCGAACCCGCCAGAUGUCAUAGUGGUGACCCUACCGUUUGCCAACGUUAAGAGUGCGCAGAGGCAGAACGUUACCAAAUACUUACAUAUGUUGCCUAUAUCGUUGCCGGAAAAUGUUUGGACAAUAGGAAUGUGUAGUUUUCCAUGGACCAUAUCCAUUUCCGAGCUGAGCUGUUACACUCUACAAUCGAGACAAAAGUUGAUAUUCCUCAAACCGGUAUCUAUGAACGCAACCAUAGGCCUGUCGACGCGUUCACCGAAAUCUGACUCCACCCACGUCGCGUUACCCGAUAGCAUUGACUCGAGCAAAAGUCAUAACGGCUUUUUCGGAGUCUGCGUACACAUUGACAUGGUACCGAUCGUGUUUUCGACUUGCGAAACCCAAAUCUACUUAUUAGCGAGCGUCCUGUACAGCUUGCUCGAGGUGAUCGGAAGUUUUUUGCCAUCCAAGCCAAAAGUUUCGCAAAAAAUACCGGAAAUCGUACCACCGAUUUUGACGAAAGGCAGCUCCACCCUGUCCCCUACUAUCGUUCAGGAAAACGUAGUGGAUAGUGUGAGCGAUAAGUCUCCGGCACCUAGGGCGGGGCCCGCUGAAGAAGUAGACCCGGACACCGUUAAAUUGACGGCUUGGAUACAGUGGACCAUCACUAAGGUUACGAUCGAGCUCCUUGCCAACGAAGACUGUUCCGUUUCAGCUCCAUCUACCGUGAAACUGGUAUUGGACGCCGAGGACAUAGUCAGCUCUUUGGACUUUCAAAACGUCUAUUUGAAAGUGAAAAGUAAAAUAGGUGGCGCAUCGAUACGGCAGUUCAAAAGAUCAACGAAAGACUCAAGUUGGGAGCUUGGGCCGUUCUCUGGCUACGUGAUGCGCCUGCGCGACGAAUUAAUGUCGGGUCCCAGACAGGAAGAGAGCAGUUUUAUAAGCGUGACGAUUACUAGGGCCAGUUGUCAACACACCCAUACCCUUUGGGGCGCCUUGCAGCGGAAAGAGAAAGACAAGAAGUUGCCCGGACACCAGUUAUCGAACACGCGGUACAUCACGGAGGUCGUCGUCAACAUACAGCCCUUGGAUUUCGUUUUAUCGGUUCACACGUUGCGUAGUUUCUUCUACUUGGCUCUGAUACCGUUGUCAGUGAUGCCAUUUGUCGAUGACAAAACGGAACCUAGCACUACUAGCAACACUUCGUUGACCUUAAACAACCAAACUUUGCCGCUAGCGUACCUAGAGUGCCAAGACAUACGUUUCAUAUUUCCCUCCGCGUGCCUCUCGGGCAACACGUCAUCCCACGACGUCGCCAUUUGUCAAAUUCAGAAGAUCGCGUUGAACCCCCAAGCGGUGAAUCCCAUCUGCCGAACCCCGAUGAGACCGGACAUUUACGAUCAAGCUGCGCACGCACGCGUUUUGGGAAUCCCCGGCAGCGAUAUUGAGGACCGACAGUAUCAGCUCGACGUAACAGGAAUAUCCAUUUCUACCGGUUCGUGGGACGACAUGGACUUAAUUUUGUCACCGAGCAGUAAGACGUUAUCCAAGCUGCGCGGUCUGAGCGAAAAUCCGGCAUUGGAAUGGAACAAUCUCGAACAAGGGCAACCCAAUUUAACGCCGACCAUUAAUCUGAGGCAUAUAAUCGAAAAAUUCGAUAUCAGUUUGGUGGGCGCCCCUGCUAUGAUGUACAAAGAGAACACCGUGAUAUGCGGACACUCGGUGGAAAUUAAUUUCGUAUCGGACGUCGUGGUUAACCUAUCGUUGCAACAGGUCAAGCUGUUUUCCGCGCUUUCCGGCGAAUUUGUCGUCCCCAUCUUGCGGGAAGAUCGCGCGCUGCGACAGUCCAGAAUCAAAUUUCCUUACUCGAGAUUCGAUUCCCGUCCGGAUAUCGAUAAGGAAAAAGAAGCGACAGUUGUCGAGGGCCAGAAAGACUCCGGGAUAGAAACGUCGGAUAUGAAGAGCAUGCAGUCGUCUAAAAUGCAGCAUUCCGGUGUUAGUGUUAAGCGUUCGGUCGGAACCGACAAACCCUGCGGGUUCCCAAGGCCGUCGGUACCGUACGUACCGAUGGUACCAGUGGAGGUGGUCUUCACCGCCGGUAAAAUUGGUGUCGCCCUACACCAGGCCAACGAAAACAAACCCACCAGUGCCAAGCAUAAGGGAAAAAGGAAAAAAGCUGCCCGGAAGACGGACGAAGACCAGGGCUACGAAGCGUCCGAAGAGAGCGUGGACGAGAAAAGCGACACGUGCAAAAAAUUUAUGCCGCUGGUGUUUCUAUCGUUCACGCAGCCGAACGCGUUCUUCGUCAAACAACAACUGGGCAGGAGGUUGCAGGUGACGUGUUUCGAUUUCAACCUCAAAAUAAGCGGACCCGAGUAUCUCCCCGUGAACCACCUACCGCACGAGGACGACUACCCUAUCAGUCUGCUGGAAACACGACCCGGCAGCCCUAACCCAACCAACGGCACUUUGCCGUCAUUUUUCACCGUCAAGUAUUCCAAGGGUGUCGGGAAAACCUCGAAAUUGGAGCUAAACGUGUUGAAACCGACCAAGGUGUUGUGCAAACCGACCGAAUGGAAGCACAUGCUUUCCGUAAACGAUAGGGUGGGGGAGAUAUUUAGGAAGAGUAGCACCGAGUCGGUUUUGAGUGCCCCGGCUUCGAGCGUUCCAGAAAACAAACCGGGGGAGACUAACGGCAAGUUUCACGAGAUCAAGGAGUUGCUACGAGGCGUCAACAGCAUCGCCAUUAGAUCGGAUCAGAUUAUUUUCGCGCUCAAGUCAGAUUCGGAUCACGAGGUUCAUCUAGGCGUGCAAAGCCUCAACAGCGAACUGUCACUUUCCAGCAGGCCGGAAAAGCUGAACUUAGCUACGACCUUCGAGAGUCUAACCGUCACGGUACGUCUCGGAGACUUCAGGAAACUGCUGCUCAACCCGUGGACGAUCUCGUUCGUCGUUUGCGUAUUCUGGGAGAGUUGGCAGAGUGAGGAUAGCGAUCCUCAGUUGCAAGUCGUCGCCGAAAGCGACUCUAUCGUCGUAGACGUCGCACCGGAGCAGUUGGAAGUGGUGGACGCCGUUACCAAAGACUUGCUGGAGUUUGCGCGCGGUUUGUCGUCGAAGAAGUCGCGCGACUCGAUCCUGGAGGAGGAGUGCAGAUGUCCGGAAAAGGAUCAACACUACAAGGACGAUUUGAGGGCCGGAGCUUUCCAGUUCGUCGAUUCGUACGGUGAUAGCUCGGAGGAAACACCAUUGCCUUAUCAGGUAAUGUUUUGGACGAAGACCGCUCCGACGAUGGCUUGGAAAUACCCUCAGCCUAGAGCGUUAACAAAAGUACGGGUGUUCCCCGUACCGUACAAAACGGCGUUGGGGUCCCAAGAAAACCAUUCGGCACUCUGCCAUUUGGAGUACUGGUCGGAGAGCCGGAACUGUUACCUGCCUUACACCGAGUUUUUCUUGUCGGAAAGCGAGGUGUGCCAUUUAAAUUUACCCGAAAGUCGCCCCAAAUCUGUUGUCGCGUCACUCUGGAGGGUAGUGAUUACGACCGACUCUACCAACGCAACGAUUUCCCCGCGCGCAUUGGCCGCGUGCAUGAGGAUCGAUUCGUACUUCAAUAAGACCCUAAUACCCAAUAUAAACGUGGCCCUGUACGUAACCAAGAUCGAUAUUUGUUUAUAUAACCAUUUUUCCAAGCCGGCGUCCGUUCGAUUGCCGGAAUGCCUCAAACGCUAUUCGUCCGAUCUCGCUUUCCCGGAAAACCAAAAGUUUUUCACCCUCUCCCUCGACUCGUUAUCCGGACAACUUUCCGUGUGGGAUCUGCGAACGUUUUCCGGCGAAGUGAGCUGCUCGAUCCAGGCCAACGUUUUGGACUACAACUUUCUUACCGAUCAAGUUCUCGUUCCGCCUUUCACGUCCAAGCUUGAAAUUUGCCUGUCCGAAGGGUUAUCUUGCAACUUUAUCUCGAGACCCGUCCGAGUGAAAUUCGGGCCGAGUAUCGCGCACACUUUAGCCGUCAGCACUCAAGUUUGGAAUCGGAGUUCCGAUCCGGACUUCGUCGUAGUUACCAGAUUCGUUAUAUGCAACAACACCAACGUUAUCGUGAGGUUCGGGCAGCAAGGGACCGGCGAGAACGUUCUUCUUCCGCCGCGUUAUUUUCACCUGUACGCUUGGCGGUCUCAGAAGAAACGGCAACAGCUCAAGUUGUCUUUGGAAGAAACCGACUGGCUUUGGUCCGAGCCGUUUUCGAUAUCGGAAGACGGGCUUCGAGCCGUACACUUCGAUGCCCCGAAAAAUAUCACGGUAUUCGCAUCCGUGAAGUCGUUGUCCAAGACCCAGAAGCGAGUGACCCUCUCUGGUCAGCUCGUAGUUUACAACUUAUUGUCCGAGCACUUUGAAAUGAAGGUGGCGGAAUCCGUAACGGAAAACAAAGAUUUCGAGUUGAAAAACGCUCAGGUGCAUAUCGCCAGCGCUAAAUGCGCUGCGCCCUCUAUCUUCGUCGACGACUCCAAAAAAUACUUUUUGCGGUUGAGGUUUUACGGGCUGGAGUCGGCGUGGACGGGCGAUAUACCGCUGAGGGAACACUUGACCGGUUCCCAGCCUUGGCUGGUGAAGGUCCCGCUCCAGGAACGCGGGCAGUUUUUGAGCAUUUGGUGCAGGAUCGUCGUCCAAGAGUAUCAAGGUUGUAAGAGGGUGUUGGCCAUGUUGUGGCCGUUGUUCAUGGUCAAGUCGAAUCUGCCGGUUAACACUAAAGUCCACAUCGAGACUCCAACGUUAGGGGUGCAUCUCGAGUCGGACGUUCAAGGUAGAGGAACGCUGCAACAGUUGUACUGUCCGGGGACUAUAGAUCACUCCCACCAACUGGUAUUUAAGUUAGAAGGCGCGUCGACCGACAGCCUUAACCCUUACGUCCCUCUAAACUACAGCCUGGUCGAUCAUCAAAAAUUCUUCAAAAAACCGCCCAAAGAAGACAUCGACACCAUUUUGGAAACGUUGAGUCAAUUGGAGGAAUUGAAAUGGCCGUAUUUCGGCGAAGAUUUUGACCACGUCGAUUGGAUCACCGACCACCAACCGUUAUCCCACAUCCAAGUCAAGUACCGUAACGCGGGACCUUAUUCUUGCUCGCUGCUCGUAGAAUUGAUUCCCUGGUGCCUUAUGGGGAAUACUUUGGGCACGUCCGUAGCUCUGAUGCUGAACGGGGUCGAAUUGUGUCGAGUGCGCCACCACGGCAUGGUGGCGCCCCCCAAGUUAGAGGAAAAUUUCCACGUUGGUAUUUGUACCGGGUACAAUUGGUUCUUCUCGGGACCGUUACAGUUGGCGCGUUCGGAUUGGACUCAGUCUUUCUACAUGCCAAAAAUUACCGGCACCAUCCCUAUUGAAGGUACCACCAAGACCUGCAUAAAGUGCGAUUCUCACUUAUGCAUGGUGUUGAUAACUAGUUCCCUUGCAAAUGAAAUGAGACUGUUGCGGUUCUCGUCUACUCACAUCCUAUCUAAUUACUUGUCGACACAGAUUCAAGUGAUAUGUUUAGCCGUGCCCGACGAAAAAUCAAUUUUUAAAAUACCCAGCAACGUCGACAACUUUUGCUUCACUCUAGCCCCCCAUUUGCAAAAAAACCAGUGUGGUAUACCGAUAAUAAAGUGGUACACUCUGAAACAAGAUGGCGACUCGACCAACUCCGAAUACACGCUUUACAUCGCGUUUUCAUUGGACCAAGACCUGGGAUGGUCUUGUCCAAUUAGAGUGGAUAAAACACUCAUUCGCAAGUCAACGGCGAUUAUGUCACAUGAUGUUUCCGUUCCUGUAGUUCUAACAUCUCAAGAAAUAAAAGGCCAAAUCUAUAUGGCCAUCCAAUACGACCCGAGACCUCAGCUCUACAUCGAAAACAGAACAGCGGUUUCGUUUUAUUGCGGUCAAGCUUUCCCCGACGACAGUGGCGUCACCAAAGAAUCAGAACAUUUUAGGUGGCACUGUCGUGCGCGAGGCAACAGUUCGGUGUACUACACCAUGCCCGUUCUGUCUGAGAAAUUUCCCGAACUGCCUCAAGUCAAUUAUCAGGAAAAACUUUCUCUAGCCUUCGACGAUGAUGACGAAACUGACGUCGUUGAGUUGGAAUGGUCAGCCGGCGUCAAUAUUGCCAAUAACAAUAGUAUUUUCGUCAGGGUGCCACAUUUCGGAGACGUUAAAGUCACAGUUGUCAACACCGCUUGCACAACAGUAUUUAAAAUCGAGUCAGUUAGUCAGGUUGAGAUCAGCGCUAAAGAUAUACGUGUGAGACUGUCAAUGCGUGAAAAAGAAACAGGAACAAGUCAGCUCGCGUCUGGAGGACCGCAGGUUUCCAGGCAAUCUUCCUCUUCCUCGGCAGUCGGCACUGAUGAAUCGGACCUGGAGAAUCAGAUUUCCAAAGACCUGUCUUCGCUUUUGGAAACAGAGUCCCUGCUUGUGCGUACCAUUCCUCUGCAACAAGGAUGGAAAUUUUUAAAACUAAACGUGUUCGUCGAAUCGUUCGUGUUGACUCUAAUGUCAGACCUCGAGAAUUACGGGGAAGAGAGAUGGGAGUUGGCGAGCUUGGUGUGCGACGACGUAUUGGUGAAUGCUGUUCAAACUGAGCAAUUGCACAUGCAAAUUUCCAUUUCGGACCUUCAACUUGACAACCAGCUCUACUCGAGGGAGUCUUACGAUUUCCCGGUAGUGUUAGUUGGUCAAGAACGUAAGGGCUUAAAAAAAUUGAACAUUCUAAAUGUCCCGAUCGAGACUCUGACCGAGUCCGUCGGACGGAGUGCGCUAGUUUCUGCGGAUAUUGUGUUUGAUACGUGGAGAAACCAAUCGGCAAACUUAAACUUUACAGGCAUAAAGACGUUUAAACUGUCGCUCGACCCCAUAAGUUGUUUCAUCGAAGACAUUUACAUCACUAGAUUGCUAGAGUACUUCAAAAUUCUAAGCCCUGUUCACCUGGUGUUGUGGCCGGUCGGUCGGAACCACGUCAAAUUAGGAACAAGCGCGACAUCCGUGAACGUUCCGGAAAUAGUAUCGUGGCAGUGCGCCAUCUUGUCGCACCCGCUCACCGUGAGAAACUUCGCGGUCGGUCCGAUCUCGCUCCUACUCUCGGUUCAUUGUUCCGUUAAAUUGUAUAUCGCUUUGGAUCAGUCGCCGUUACAGUUUGGAAAGUUCGAACGCAGGAGAUUAUUCAGUACGCAUUAUAGAUUGGGUCAUGCUUUAACCAUGCACUACCUCUCGGGUGCAAUAUUCGGCGCGGGUUGGGUAGUUAGUUCAUUAGAACUACUGGGCAGUCCUGGAGGACUAGCUAGAGCUAUGGGCACGGGACUACGAGACUUCGUCAGUUUGCCCUAUAGGGGACUGGUUCAGGGACCCCUAGCUUUUUUAAAAGGUAUCACUCAUGGUUCCGCUUCCCUGAUGAAGCACGUUACCGCCGGCACCCUCCAAUCGGUAACGAAACUUGCGUCCAGCGUCGCCAGGAACUUGGACAGACUUACCCUGGACGAGGAGCAUCAGAAAAGAACGGAAGAACAGCGACGGCAAAGACCGCAGGGCGUAACUCAAGGUUUUUUGCAGGGUAUGACGAGUUUCGGGAUCAGCCUGCUGGGGGCAGUAGGAGGUAUAGCGCAUCAUCCUCUGCAGUCGAUGAUGGCCGACGGAGCGUCGCCCAGGUCUUUGGUGGCCGGCGUUGGACUUGGGCUUGUCGGCGUUUUUACCAAACCCCUUAGUGGAGCUGCCGAGCUUGUCGCUCUUACUGGUCAAGGACUUCUACAAGGGGCCGGCUGGAAUUCUCUGCCCGAUCCUAGAUAUCCGUCGCAAAUUUUCAAAAUAAAUUUGGCGAACAACUCCAGUUUGAAAUACCUUUGGAAACUGACCAGUCUGCCUCAACACCAAGUGCUCUACGUGACGGAAGCGACGCGAAUAUCAUCUUCUGGAGUUUAUUCGGCCGUAGCGCUGGUAUUGACGACAGAUUCGGUCUCAGUUAUCGGUCUGGAAGAAGACGAUUUGCAAAAAAUCGUCCCUUUGACCGACAUCGACGUGAACCGUUCGAACGAUCCGACGUUGUUGUCGUUGAAACUGACACCGCCGCCGAAACAAAAAGAAACCAACAACGAGGACGAAGCGUCGAUGGAAAUGGACCCCGUGAUGAGAGCACGGGUCGCCGAUUACGUGAGAAGCACCGUGGGACUGCUCAAUUUGCCCGACGCGAACUCGGAACAUUCCGACAUAAGCAUAUCCCCGCUGUCGUCUCCGGAAUUGAGCCCGGUAUCGUCGGUAGAAGAGUGUACCGUAUUAAAUUUUUACGUCAGCACGCACACCAUGAACUAUUUCGUAUGUCUGUUGAACCUCGCGAAGCAGGAAAGCACCGCCAAUCACUUCUCCGUACUGUAGCGGUCGUUACAUUGUUGGUUUUAUCGAAUUGAAAUAUAUCUUU